AUGGUAGCCACGUCACUAGAUGUUGUGGACAGAACUGGAUUUUACGUUUUCGGUAAGUAUGACUUCUAUGAGCAGCAUUGGGGUAUGGAGUUUCACCCAGUGGAGACGAAUCCACUGGGUAAAACUCCGAAGAUCGCGACGUGCAGUGCCUGUCCAGUCGGAAACACGCGUCACGUUUCUUACGCUGAAGACUAA